AGGAAGUGAAUUUUCUUCUCUGACGGAUCGGUGUGAAGCUUUGACUACGUCACCAAUCCUUUGUCGUCUGUUUAAUCCAGUCCAAAUAUCAAUUUCAUUCAGCUUCGUCAUGAUGCAGCUCAACGACGCACACUGCAACAAGCACUCGCUGCUCAACGUGAUGAACCGCUUCAUCGCUGCUGCCAACAACAUGAACGAGACCAUCAUGGUGCCAAGCUUGCUAAGAGAUGUGCCUCUGGAAGACAACGCGAGUGAAGACUCUGUUAGUCACAACAACAAUAACGAGCCCUCCUACCCCAAACAAAGGGACAUGUAUGAGCACUACCUGCUCCUAAAGUCCAUUAAGAAUGACAUGGAGUGGGGCCUGCUGAAGAGGGAGAUGGGUGGCAGCUUCCUGGAGAUGACGGUGAAGCAGGAGGAGCCACAGCAGCAGAUGAGUGGAGAUGCUAAAGACUGCCCAGACCUGGAGAGCCAAUUUCACUAUCAUCUCCACGGACUGUUUGGGGUUCUAUCCAAACUCACUGUGCAGGCGGACCACCUCACGAAUCGUUACAAGAGAGAAAUCGGUGGUGGGAGCCUGUUGAGAUAGGAGUGGGUUUGGUUUUGAGAGUAAUGUGGACAAUUUUUGAACCGUUGGACUGGGAAAUGGGGCAGCAGCUGACUAAGGGCUUUAGAUUUCUCUUUGGCAUCAAGUGUUUUCAUUUACGAGUGAGGUGACCUCUCUUGGCAGUUACGCACAAGCUCCGAUGCUUUUGUGACCGUUCCACUACAAGUUAAAGGGCUUAGGGGGUUUUUAACCGAUCAUUUCAGUGGAGUGUAAUGUAUUCCAGUUAGGCUUUCGUAUUUGUUCCUCUGUAAGCCAGGUCCGAAAGCCCUUGAUGUGAUCAAGCUAUGGGAGAAUCGGAAUGCUGGUAAUUCUGUUCUUCAUCUAGCCCAUGCCUUUUAUUGAGGGGAUUUUAUGUAUUAAUGCUGCUCCUGUGCACUUGUCCAUGUGGAAUGGCGUGCCUUCUACUUUCAUUUCCCACAUGUAUGCUUGCCAUGCAUGGUGUCACUUUAAGAUGGCCCAUUAUGAGUUGUAAUGCCACUCGUCUUCAAGUUUUGUUUGUCCUAAAAGAUUUCAGAUUUUAUAUUGUUCUGUAAUAUAGUGACUUAUUAAAUAAAGCGUUAACUUAAA